GAGGGGGAGAAGUAGUCAAAGUCCUCUCACUCCAAAAGUCCAAGUACAGAGAUGUUUUAAGCCAAGCAUUUGAGAGCGUUCAUUCAACUAAACAUGAUCAAUAUGAAUCCUCUUCAACUGAUCUCUGUUUUUCUACUUUUCUCGCCUCUAUUCUCAGCCGCUCUACAUGCCAAACCCGGUUGCCUUGAUCGGUGUGGAGAUUUACUGAUUCCGUAUCCGUUCGGAGUCGGCCAAAAAUGCAGCCUCAACCCAUAUUUUAACAUUAAAUGCGAUACAUCCACUUACCCUCCAAGAGCUUACCUCUCCGUUAUGAAAAAAGAAGUGAUUGAAUUCAAUCAAACUUACAUUCGCCUCAAAAACCCCUACAUGAUUUCUGCUUGCUAUGAUUUGUCUGCAGGCAGCACAGGCAAUCAACAUGGUAUGAGCGUGAACUUGUCGGGAACUCCCUAUAUGUUUUCGUAUGUAAACGUGGUCACUGCCAUUGGGUGUGAUGAUAUGGUGGUGCUAUCCAACAGAAGUUCAAUCCUCGGUGGCUGUUCGGCGUUUUGUGUGGACAAGAAUGUUACAAACGGUGUCGGAAAUUGCCGUUUUAAUGGCUGUUGCCAGCAAGAUAUCAGAGACUUAAGAACAGACCCAAGUUUGGUGAAAGCAGAACUAAUUGACUUGAGCGGAAAAGCACUACGCAAAAAGCUCUUUCCAUGCAGCUAUGCUUUUAUUCAGGAGAGAACUUUUUUAAAUGAAAGCGAAUUUUCAUAUCCUUUGAACUACUUGGACAACUCAACGGUAUUGGUAAAUGAUAAUUGGGCAUCAGCCACAAGACCGCCAAUCGUGCGCUUGGAGUGGAUCGUAGGGACUGAGAACUGCAGUCGAGCUAAGAGUUCCACUACUUAUGCAUGUCGAGACGACAAGAGUGUUUGUGUUGAUAACUAUUCCAGUGAUACAGGAUACACAUGUAGUUGUGUUCAAGGUUACGAUGGAAAUCCUUACUUACCGGGUGGAUGCCAAACAAUUUCUAGUUCAAUUGUCAAAGUUGGAUGCUUAGAUCAAUGUGGGGAAGUAUUGAUUCCAUUUCCAUUUGGUAUGGGCCCAAAUUGCUACUUGGAGCCAUCUUUCGAAGUUGUCUGCAACACGGCCACCAACCCUGCUAAACCCUUCCUCCGUCUCUUAAACACUGAAAUCAUUGAGCUGAACUCAUCAAAAAUUGUGGUCAACUAUAUGAACAUAGCUUCAACUUGCUACAAUAUGUCAGACUCUCGAGUUGGAAUUACUAAGCCAGAGGAGCGAAGAUUGACUAUUGACUUGUUGAAAACGCCGUAUAGAUUAUCAGAUGAUAACUGGAUCAAUGCAAUUGGCUGUGAUUUUAUGGCUGUUGGGAUUAUUGGAGAGGAAAAACGUAGUUCUAUUCGCAGCAGUUGCGCCGCCAUUUGUUAUAUGCAGGGUAACUCAAUGUGCCAUUAUGGACCAGUAUCAUUUGGAGGUGAUGGUUGUUGUAGAGUACCCAUUCCAAGAGGUACGACUUACCUUGAAGCAAAUUUGACCGAGCUUAGUGAACGACGGACAAAUACUGAUAUUCCUUGCAGCUACUCCUUCAUCCAAUACAUUAAAGAAGUUGAUAGUUAUAGUACUGGAUUUUCGUUUAUGAAGAACUCAUCGGAGUUCCGACUUGAUGAGUUAUCGGAAAAACCGAGCAUGGGUUUAGAUUGGAGGAUUGGAGUGGAUAAUUGCAAAGAUGCGGUGAAGGAUCAGGCUAAGUUCGUGUGUCAAGAUAACAGUGAUUGUGUUGAUUUUGAUGCUACGCUAGGAGGAUACCUCUGCAACUGCUCCAAAGGAUACAAAGGAAAUCCUUACCUUAAUCCAGGGUGCCAAGAUAUUGAUGAAUGCGCUGAUAAUACAACUAACACAUGCGUCUCAAAUUCAAUUUGCGAAAAUGAUGUUGGGACGUUCCAUUGUUCAUGUCCAAUAGGGUAUAUUGGUGAUGGGAAGAAAGAUGGUACAGGUUGCAUUCAGAAACCGCCAUCGAAAACCAAGAUGAUUAUCUUUAUAGGUGUAGGAUCUGGAUUGGGGUUUGUGCUUAUAUUCUUGGUGGUCUAUGGGUUGUAUAAACUACUGCAAAAGAGAAAGAAUGAAAUGGUUAAAGAGAAAUUCUUCAAACAAAAUGGUGGUAUUCUAUUACAACAACAGGCGAAUGAAUGCACACUAGGAAAAACAAAAGUUUUCUCUGCAAAAGAAUUAGAGGUAGCCACAGAUGACUUUAACGAAAGCAGAAUUAUUGGACAAGGGGGCCAAGGCGUUGUCUACAAAGAGUAUUUUCAGUCAAGUCAAUUCACAGAAAAGAGCGAUGUUUAUAGUUUUGGGGUAGUUCUUGUUGAGCUUCUUUCCGGGCAAAGGCCGAUAUCAUUCGAUAAACCGGAGGAGGAGAGAGGUCUAGCAACAUGGUUCCUUACAUGCAUGGAAGGAAAAUGUGUGGAAAAAAUUUUAGAUCCUCAAAUUUUGGGGCAAGGAGAAAAGAAACAGGUGAUUCUAGUUACGAAGCUAGCACAAAGAUGUUUGAAUCUAAAAGGGAGAAUGCGUCCAACUAUGAAAGAAGUGGCUACAGAAUUGGAAAGUUUUAGGAUUUCCAGGAUGUCUAGUGGUGCUAAAGUUGAAUCAGAUGAUGUGAGAUACUUUGAAGACAUGCCCACGAUGAAUUUGGACUUUGGGGGAUGGGAAAAUAUUUAUUAG